CGACCAAGGAGAAAAAAAAAAAGGCGCAGUCUGUACGCUUCCGUCGGGUCGGUGAGGGCCACUUCGAGCUGGACCUGCGGCACUGAAUCCAGCGGGCUGUGUGGACAAAUGGCCGCUGCAGGGAAGACGUACGGAAAUAGGCACAGACAGCAUAUGCGUAUCCACGCAUACACUGACCGGCCUGUGGCUCGUCCAGUCGCAGACGCAGCGGGCGCCGCGAGCGAGCCAACAGCGUUCGAGAUGUAGGGGGCCUGGGUCGUCGGCCAGCAGCAGCCGCAGCUCCCUCGGCCACUUGCAGCGACGGGACUGAUGGUCGGGCAGGGCAUGCGAAACACUUGAGAAGGAAGGGGACGGAAGGCGAGGGACACAUGCAGCCCAAUGUGUUCCUCGUGUGUGUUCAGGUCUAUUCCACAAACUUUUUUUUGGUAUUAUUAUUGCGCUGCCGAGGCGCAUGCUGCACUGCACGCACCUGGGCGGACAGAGACAUGGACGCGGGUGCACGCAGCGCAUACAGAAUACUUGCUGCUGCUGGCCUCAAACCCGUGGGCGAUGAUGUGUCCUCGGUGGACGUUGGGACGUGGCCUGUCCGUGACCAACAGUCGGGAAAGGGGAUCGAGGCCUUCCUUGUCGUGCAGCUCAGGGGACUCAUUUGAGCUCGUCGUGACAGCCGGGCCGGCUGUGCUAAGCCGAGCUGACAAGCGGUGUCUACUGCAGGAGAAGGAACGCGAGUUCUCUCUAGUGCAGAGCAGGGCAGGGCAUGCAGCCUAAAUGUGAAGGAAGGCAUCAUUACCAACCUCCUUCCCAGAAGCAAAAGCACGACUCACUGCAAAGGCGGCGACGGCCACACAGGCAGGCGCAGGAGAGGGCCACAGGGCCCAUAGUUUCGGUGGUCCAGUCUGAAGAAGCCUCCAUUGUCCGCUGUGAAACUGGUCGGAUCCAGCCGCCAUUGGGACAGCUCUGGCCGCCUCCCCAACCUACCAGCCCCUUCGCUCCAUCUUUUCUUUUUGUUCCGCUUGGCCUGCGAUAUUCCAUCGUCACUGCGCGUUAACCUGAGACUCGCUCACCAUUCAAUUGUAUUUUCGCCGCACAUCCACCGCGCGCGCCCAAGCCCUGCGACGGCCGUCUUCGAUUGGCGACCUGGGCGUUGGGGAAAUUAACGAAACGAAACAGCCCCGGCCUGUGGAAAUCAUUGUCGCUUGAUGCGCCACGGCCCAUCCACGGCCCAUCCAUCCAUUCCCCAGCCAGGCCCUGAUCCCGGUGCUCCCAAGUCCCAACCCAGCUGAGCGAGCAAACCCGGAUCGUGCCGCCCUGUGUCGCCUUGUCUCGUUGGCCCUCGAACUGGUCGCAGACAACGUGUGCACACACUGCCGCACAGAGUCGCUCGCCACCUGCGCGCUCCAUGUCUCAGACGGUUGCGUGAGCCAGGCCCUUUGAUCGCCUCUCUGCUGCCUGCGAAACGAAACCCGCUUUGAGCCCUUGUCGCGCUCCGAAUUGUGCUUUUUUUGCUGUCGAAUCAGCUUACUUUUAGUCUGCUCCUCGUCCAAACUUUUUUUUGCGACGUGAUAUCAUCCCAUAUCGCGCGCAGGGUUGUCCCGUCCGCCGCACUCCACCCGCCAGACCUAACCAUCUCAUGCCUGUCUGCCACACGAAUUUGCUUGACAAAGCUGGCCGCCAUGCGAGGAUCCUACCGUGCUUUAUAGGACCCGGUCGCGUCUAAACCUGAGAUACCACCCAGCAUCGCCUGCGGGGCGCGCGCCUGUUGAUUGCCAGGCCACGCGACCCUGACGCUUUCCAUGCUUGCCGUCGCUGCAGCCCAGCGCCCGUCUUGUCCUCCGCCUCUGCCUCCCGCCAUGACGGCCAGCGCCGAGUCAAGGGCGCCGCUGGCAGAUAUGCGGGCGGCCGAAGACGUCGAAUACAACUCACCGUCGAAUCCUCGUGUCCAGCCGCUGCUGUUUAAGAAGCGCAAGCUGUUGCCUCACCCGAGGCCCGACUCUUUUCCCUACCGCAAGGGCCCGUACAUCGCCGCGUCUGGCGGUGCUCCCCUCGCCGUUGCUCCUUUGCGCGAUGAGACCACCGCAGCAUCACGGACCUCGCGCUCGCAGUCGCCGCGCCCUCGGCCUGCGAUUCACCAACUGAGCCACCGGCCCAAGAGGGUAGGAACCGGCCCCGACAUGCCGCCGACACCUCCGGCGCACUCCCGAACAUCCUCCUCUAGCCACUCGGCAGUCCCUCCCAGUCCCACCGAAACCCCAGAGGCCAGCACCGAGCAGGUCCAGGCUCCGCCAGCACCUAGUCCGCCGAGAACCCCGACCACUCCAACAAACCAAAGGAGUCCGCCCACACCCGAGGUGACGCCUCCGCAACUUCGCGUCAGCAAGCGCCCUGGGCCUGUUCCUGUAAGGCGCCCGAGCGGGAACGACCGAAUCCUAUCGAGAAGCACCACGGCAUCGGGGCCGGAUUCAUUCAUGACGGCCAGGGAAACUAUGUCGUCGACUCCAGAGGAUGAUGAAGGAAAGUCGACGAUGCGGCCCAGGGCAUCAUCCAUCAGGACCUCUUCACAGAGCACUGUGCGCCAGGCAAGCGGGGUCAACGGCGACGAGGCGAACGUGGUCGAUGGCGACGAGGAAAUCAAGCCGAAGGAGAAAAAGAAGAAGCCAAAAACAAUCGGCCUCGGUUUGGGGCUGGAGUCUAGUCCAGAGUCGGAUGCGACAGCGACACCUCCCAGGUCCAAAGCCAGGUUUCUCAGCUUUGAUGGCGAAUGGGGCCCUGGAGAGAACGAGGUGGAAAAACAAUGGGAUGACAACCUGGGGAGGGACGUCACUGUCAGCAAACGGGUCCCAGUUGUGAAUGGCCAUACCCCGGAGAUCUGGGAGGAUAACACGGUGCUGCCCACGAGCGCCACCGAGGCAUUGCGCUCUAUGGGUCUUCCUGAACGAGCGCUUGCCUUCCCGUCACCCCUGGAGUCGCCCGCGCCAAAUCCUUUUGCGCGCGCCGUCCUCCCGCUUCAGGAUUCGCCCGAAAUCGCGGCCCGGCGCUUGUCAACAAUGUCUUGCUACUCUACAGCCUCCACAAACCCUGAUGGGACACCCAGAAGACAGAGGACGUUGCGUCACGUCAGGAAGGUAGACCUAUUACGCGAUUCCAUGUCUGAGCUGUCUCAGUCAAGCUCGGCGGAGACAACAUCGGUACAGCUGGACGAGGUCUCGAAACGACGACCCCCGCUCACCAACAUGCAUCUUUCGGAGAUGCGGCAUGCGAGCUACAUUUCCACGAGCACCACCAACUCCAUCUCGAGUCGCAAGGCUCGGAGAGACGUUUGCAAGAACGGCGGCAUCCCCAUCGUCAUCGUGCCCGAACGCCGGUCGUCGCUCAAGUCCAAUAGCAGGACACCGUCUCUUCGCUCGACGCGAAGCAGCAGGCGAAGCCAAAGCGUAGGAUCUGCCCCGCUGCUCUCACAACUACCCAAAGGCAAGGACCUGGCCCCAUACUUUGAUCGGCCGUCGCGCCGCAGCAGGGCCCUGUCUGAGUCGGACGGGUCGCUGCCGGGCGAUCAGCGGACUAUAGACUACCCUCCCAUCGUCCCACGGCGGACGUCGUCACUCUCGGCCCCGACCAGCCGGAACACAUCAAGAGCGGGGUCUCUGACGGCGGAUAGCUUGAGGGAUCUGCAAGCACUCCAGACACAGGCCCAGACGCAACCACCGAGGCAGAGGCCACAGGAACCGAAGAGAAAAGCGCCAUCGCCACCUGGCCAACCCACGGACCGAGCCGGUCCUCCUGCCGAAACGCCCGCCAAAUCAGUCACGCCCAAGGUCGAAGUAGCCCGUGAUCCUGCUCCUAUCGGCCCCGAGGUCAGGAUCGAGCCAGCACCGUCUGUAGAUUCAGUGGACGAAGGGGCAAGGUUGCACCCUAUGCACAAAGUCAGCGUUGACCACCACGGCGAUCCGCUCUUUGGCAGGCGGCUGUCGGCCCAGCAAACGCCCUUUUCCCAGCACUCGGUCGAGACGAACGCGACGUCGCACGCCGAGGUUUCGGAGGCGAUGGCGGUCAACAUUUAUCCACACCAAAACACGUCUGUUUUGAUGGUGGAUCAUUCCAAUAAGCCGAGCCUGAGCUCGUCGAGCACCUCCAGCACCGCCAAGGAGAUGCAGCCACGGGAGUUUAUGGCUUUUGACGAGGCUCCUGGGCCGCCGGCCAAGGUUGCUCCGGCCAUGACUGGCAGACCUACCAUCAGAACAGUCGACAUGGAUGCAGCUGCGGUGCCUGCCACGCCGCCUCAGCCCACCUUCUCGAUGGACGAUGUCGACUCCCCGCUUCGUAACCCACGGGCUCCCCCUCAACCGCCCAGCCGGCUACAGCCUCCCGCUAUAGAGUUUAUCCCUGCUACACCGUCAGGCCUCACACCGGCCCAGGAAAAGCAAGCGCAGCUAGGCAACUUCUAUGAGGCGCUCAUUGAGCGUCCGCCUGCAAGACGCAUGUCGCUUGUGAAGAGAGCCUUGAGUCUGCGGCAGUCACCUUCGCACGGCCCAACACCUCCCCGCAGCUCAAGCUCCGGCUUCAUCUCUCGCGCCUUGUCGCUCUCCCGAGGCUCUAGUCUGCGGAGGGAGAACUCGCGCCAAAGGGCCGCGUCUACUGGGAGGGGCAAGUCAUGCACCACAAUGGGGCCGGACGACGAACCGGCCGACGAGACCAGGCUACACCCUUUCUGGCGCCCGAGCUACGCUCCCGACUCGGACAGCGAGUCGGACUCUGACGGCGGAGUCGACCUAGACGAUCGGACGUACCGCUACCCGCCCAUCGACAACCGACCGCGGCCGCCGCGUCGGAGUCUCAGCCAGCGGAUGAAGCACACCUUUGCCAUCCUGCCCAUCCGAGACGAUUAUGACCACCACGACGGAUUCCCCGCCGGUGGGCCGCCGGACUCUCCGAUCCGCCGUACUGUUCGGCGUACGCCCAGUGGCAACCUGCGCGUGGUUGGACGCCGGGCGAGCCACGAUUCCGUGCGGCGUGCCCGGACCCCGCGCCAGGAGCAGCGGCAGCUGAAUACACGUAGCGGGGACCGGCCGUCAACGGCGCCCGACGACGGAUCCGGACAGCCGACCCGUCGGAGGCGCAAUGUGGAGCCCGUGGGCGGCGGCGACGGCACCACGCCGCCGCGGAGGCGGAGCCUGCUCCUGUUUGGCGGCACUAGCAGCGGCGGCCUGGCGGGCAGGCUGGACGGCUACAGCCUGCAGGAUCUCCCCCGCCGGCUGAGCGAGCGUCGGCGCGAGAAGAGGAGCCGCGAGUUGCGUCAGAAGAUCAGCUCGCCCCGCGAGGUCCGCGACGGCGUUCACGACGUUGUCCGCCGCAACAACUACCGCGACGCCUGUACGCAAGCCCAGCCUCGGGUCCAAGAGGCUUCUGCGCCCGAGCCCCACCGUCGCUACACUCGUUACCAUGAUGGCCGAUGAGCGAGCACUAACGGGCGGAUUCUUUUCCCCCUCUCUCCUCCCCAUCUUCGAUUCGCUCCACGGGCAAGAUCGAAUUUCCAUAUUUACCAUAAUUGCUUGGUGUUUUUUGUUUUUGCGGUUAAAUGUUAGCGUUGAUGUACCAUUCGUUUCUCACGCAUAUAUGAAGAAGCUACGAGCCCCACGAUUUCCAAGAAGCAAUCAAGAUUAAAGCACAUAUUUCACAGAAGAUAGCAAGGGUUUUGACGCCACUUUCAGUUCACGGUUGGUUCAGGGCGUAUGUAUGUGUAUCUCCUCGGGGGCCAGCCCGUCGCGGUUGUCCGUGAUUGAUGUUUUGUACACUUUUCUGUGCUGUCACAUUGCUUGUCACCAUAUCAUAUGCUUGGGUUCGGACACACUAGAGGAGGAUAUACUUUGAAUGAGCGCUCAAUUUCAGCUGCUUGCCGCUAUACUGAACAUUGGAGAUUUUCUGAUUGCAGACAUGCGUGUGGUCUCGCCUUUGAUUACUGUCCCACCGCAGCACUCGUCUAUGUCCUGCGUAAUGUUGAUGACGCUACAGCGAUCCCAUGUCGUCUUGGCCAC